AGAAGCCGAUUGCGCGCAAGAUUUCAAUUCCCAAAUUCCCUCGACAGCUUCGUUUCCCACUCUCUUCUCCGUUCAAAUCUCCCCCACGCCGCCCGCCAUGAGCUCCGCCAGACCCAAGAACUACCGCCGCCGCGUCGACGACGACGACGAUGACGACGCCGAUACCCCUUCCACCACUUCCUCUCUCAAAUCCGUCUCCAAACCCUCCUCCUCCGCCGCCAAGCCCAAGAAGCCUCAAAAUCAAGCCCCCAAGCUCCUCAGCUUCGCCGACGACGAAGAUGCCGCCACGCCGCCCCGCUCCUCCUCCUCAAAGCGCGACAAGUCCUCCUCCUCCUCCUCUUCCCGCCUCGCCAAGCCUUCCUCGGCUCACAAGCUCACCGCCGCCAAGGACCGUUUGGUAAAUUCCUCCUCCUCCUCCGUCUCCAAUGUUACGCCCCAAGCCGGAACCUACACCAAGGAAGCUCUCCUUGAGCUUCAGAAGAACACCCGAACCCUAGCCAGCUCUAGACCCUCCGCCGCCGAGCCCACCAUUGUCCUCAAGGGCUUGAUUAAGCCCCCCGCCGCCGUGAACGGAGCUAGGGAGCUGGACUCCGACGACGACGAGGGAGGAGUGCAAGGGGGCAAGGCCGCCGCCUCUAAAUUGGCUUCAAUGGAGAUCGAUCAGGAUAGGUUGGAUUAUCCUGACCAGGCCACCAUUGAAGCCAUUCGGAAGAAGCGGGAGCGGCUCCGCAAAUCCAAGCCCGCCGCGCCGGACUUCAUUGCAUUGGACUCCGGCAGCAAUCACGGCGCGGCGGAGGGGCUGAGUGAUGAGGAGCCCGAGUUUCGGAACCGAAUUGCCAUGUUUGGGGACAAGAUUGAGGGUGCUAGUAACAAAGGUGUGUUUGAGGAUGUUGAAAAUGAUAGCCAAGUGGAUGGUGGAUUGAGGAAUGAGAGUGUUGUUGUAGUCGAAGAUGACGAUGAUGAAGAAGAGAAGAAAUGGGAGGAGGAGCAGUUUCGGAAAGGGUUGGGGAAGAGGGUGGAUAAUGAUGGGUCUAGUUUAGGGGUUAGUGCUAGUGUUGCUAGAGUUCAUAGUGCUGCGCCGCAGCCCAAGGCCAGUUACUCUGGAAUCGCAGGGUAUGGUUUGCAGCAACAGAGUCUGGCCGGUGUGCCGAGUAUAGGAGGGGCAGCAGGAGCAUCACACGGUUCGAGUGCUAUGUCGAUAAACGAGCAAGCUGAGAUUGCUCAGAAAGCUUUGCUGGAAAAUGUGAGGAAGCUUAAGGAAAGUCAUGCAAGAACAAAGAUAUCACUAACUAAGGCUGAUGAGAAUUUAUCUGCCUCGCUAUUGAACAUUACUGCUCUUGAAAAGUCUUUGUCUGCUGCUGAUGAGAAGUACAAGUUCAUGCAAGAGCUUCGGGACUUUAUCUCUACCAUAUGUGGCUUUUUGCAGGAUAAAGCUCCCUUGAUAGAGGAGCUUGAAGAGGAAAUGCAGAAGCAACGUGAUGAGCGUGCAUCAGCUAUUUUUGAAAGAAGAAUUGCUGAUAAUGAUGAUGAAAUGAUGGAAGUAGAAGCAGCUGUAAAUGCAGCAAUGUCUAUUUUCAGUAAACAAGGUACCAGUGCUGAGUUAAUAGCAGUUGCUAAAAGUGCAGCACAGGCUGCUUCUGCUGCUGUGAGAGAACAAAUAAAUUUACCAGUCAAGCUAGAUGAAUUUGGCAGAGAUAUGAACCUUAAGAAACGUCUGGAUAUGAAGGGCAGGGCUGAGGCUCGUCAACGCAGGAGAAAAAUGUAUGAAGCUAAGAGAGAGUCCUCCAUGGAUGUAGACUGUCCUGAUCGAACGGUAGAAGGCGAAUCGAGCACCGAUGAGAGUGACAGUGAGAGUAAAGAGUACGAAUCACACCGCCAGUUGGUUCUGGGGACUGCUGAUCAAGUUUUCAGUGAUGCAGCUGAGGAAUAUUCACAACUUUCAGCUGUCAAAGAAAGGUUUGAAGAAUGGAAGAGAGAGUACCAAUCAAGCUACCGUGAUGCUUACAUGUCAUUGAGUGUUCCUGUUAUAUUCUCUCCAUACGUGAGGCUGGAGCUCUUGAAAUGGGACCCUCUCCGUGAGAACACAGAUUUUGUACAUAUGAGCUGGCAUGUACUAUUAGAGAAUUACGGUGUACCAGAGGAUGGUUCAGAUUUUGCAUCUGAUGAUGCUGAUGCUAACCUUAUCCCUGCAUUGGUGGAAAAGGUUGCAUUACCCAUUUUGCAUCAUCAAAUUGUUCACUGCUGGGAUAUUCUCAGUACAAGAGAGACAAAGAAUGCAGUUGCUGCCACAAGCUUGGUAACAGAUUAUGUCUCUUCCAGUGAGGCUCUUGAAGAUUUGUUAGUUGCUAUUCGCACCCGUCUGGCAGAUGCUGUCUCGAAACUUAUGGUCCCAACAUGGAGCCCACUUGUAUUGAAAGCAGUGCCAAUUGCUGCAAGAAUUGCAGCAUAUCGAUUUGGCAUGUCUGUUCGGUUGAUGAAAAAUAUCUGCUUGUGGAAAGAAAUCCUUGCUUUGCCAGUUCUAGAGAAGCUUGCUAUCAAUGAGCUUUUGUGUGGCAAAAUUCUACCUCACAUUCGAAGCAUUGCUGCUGAUGUUCAUGAUGCAGUUACAAGAACUGAAAGAGUUAUUGCCUCUCUGUCAGGGGUGUGGUCGGGUUCAGAUGUCACAGGAGAUCGUAGCCGCAAGUUGCAUACGCUUGUGGAUUAUGUCCUGACACUGAGAAAGACUAUAGAGAAGAAGCAUUCACUGGGUGUUACACAAAGUGAGACUGGUGGACUGGCUCGUAGAUUGAAGAAGAUGCUGGUUGAGCUCAACGAGUAUGACAAGGCCAGGGAUGUAGUUAGGACCUUCCAACUUAAAGAGGCAUUGUGAAUAUUGAGAAUCCUGAACGUAGGUAUCUGCAUUAGAGCAAAAAAGCACGUUGAGGCCACUGACCACAGAUUUUCGACGAUCCAUCAGCAAAACAAGGUGCAAGUAUUGGACCCCGGUAAAGACUUGUCUUCUUAUGUCAUACUUGGACAUACACAAUGUAGCACAGCAAGGUUGAUAUCAGAAUAUGGUUGCUCUCUCCUUUAUCAUGUCAUUUGAUUUAGAGCAGGAGAUCCCUUGUGGGAAUAUCAAUCCUUUCAGAUAAAUUUCCAACCGUACCAUUCUCGAUGCCAUUACUAAAUGUGU